AUGGCAGAGAAAGAAUCAGCCUUACCGAAGGGCAACAGUGAGAGCGUCGCGCCAAAGAAGAGUCGAUUCAGAAUAUCUCUUGGAAAGAAAAAGAAGAAGGCAGAAAAUGGAGAGACUAGUACAGCAGUCAAUACAGCAGCGGCGGCACAAUCAUCACCAAGGACUUCUCGGAUUUCAUCACUUUCCUCAUCAUUGUCUGCAAUCAUAUCACCGCGACAAUUCAAUAAAUUGCGUCCCACAGUAAUAAGCCAAACAUCAUCAUCUGGCAACAAUCAUGGAUCCACCAUAGCGGCUGCACCAUCACUCAGCGACGAUGACAUUGACGACCAAAGUCACAAGUUUGACUCCUCCUCAUCGAAUGAUGAUGACGAAGCAUCAUCUGAUGGUGAGUCGACAAUGCAUGAUGAGAGCUCGCGAGGCGCAAGACAUACGAGAAGUUCUGGAAUUGCACUCUCGUCUUCCAGUGAUGAUGACGACGAUGAUGAUGAUGAUGAUGACGAUGAUGACGAUGAUGACGACGAAGAAGAAGAAGACAACAACGAUAGGCCUCCGAGACAAAUGCCGCGACGAAGGCCUCCCAAUUACAAGACAAUUGUACCUUCUCGACGAUCUAGCGAUCCUUACAUGGGGGAUAAAAAAGGUCUCAAUCAAUAUGGCGCACAGAGUCGAAGAAUAAGUACCUCCAACAACUUUCAAAUAAGUCACAGUGGUCAAGUUCUUCCAGAGAAUUGGAAUACGAAUUCGCACAAUAAAGGAGGACCAAACUUUGUGGAUUCCGACAAUCUCAAAGACUCAACGUCCAAGCCAGCAAUAAGUGAUAUUACGGAAGAAUAUCGAACUGUUUUGGUGUAUAGAAAGCCAUCCAAGGGAGAAUCCUUACCCAAUUUGAAUGACCACGACGUCAACGACAACAAACAAUUUCAAGGUGUAUGGGCUUCUGAAAUUCCGCAAGUACAGAAUCCAACCGAAGUCUGGCUCUUUCAUAACGAUGACAAACCAAAAGGCUUGGAGGGAUCCACCGCCAGGUAUGGCUUUUGGGCUUUUAAUCCGGAAGCGAACGUGGAAAACGAUGACUUUAGUCCACUCGACUUGUGGGUCUAUCCACCCGGGGCCAUGGUCCCAAGUCGAGUCGAAACGAUGGGUAUCUGGAUGUAUCCACGGCUGUUGGCAGACGCCACCACCAUUGCCGCUGGUAAAGCAGGGUUUAUCAACUUGAUCAAGACUCAAAAGAUUGGCAAACUGGGUGUCGGCGGCAUGUGGAAGGUUCACUAUUCCAAGGAUCAGCCAAUGAGGAUUGAGGAAGGAUCGGCAAUGAUCACAAGCCCAAAGAAAGAACCCAAGGCUAUUUUUCAUGUCAAAGUGCUGACGGGGCGUGGAGACGAAACGAUCACCUUGUUUCCCGUCAAGGCUACUGAUACGGUAUGGGAUGUUCGAGGCAAACUUGCCAAAGCGAACUCGGAUCUCCCCACGGACCAAUCCUUGAUGCUGGACGGCGAAUUGCUAGAAGACGAUGUUCGGUUGGAGGACUACAAUAUCGGCCACAAUACAAUUUUGGAAAUGGAAGGAAUGAAAUUGUACAUUCAAGAUUGGGACAAGCGAUUUUUUGAGAUCCGAGUGGCGCCAGAAGAUACUGUUGCCAUGGUCAAGGAACUAGCAUCGAAUCUCAUCAAUGUGCCGGCCAAAAUGUUACGACUAUCCUUUGAAAAGGCACUUCUCAGCAAAGAAAAUGGCGAAUUGAAGAAAUAUGGCCUUCACCAUUACGCAAGGCUACGGCUCGAGCCGAUUCAUUUGUGCAUUGAAAAGGCCAACCAAAAGGAACAAGUUAGGGUACCCGUCCGACCAGUCGACAGCAUCCAUCAAGUGAAGCAACGGGUAUCCCAGCGUUUGAACAAUCCACUGGAUACUCCUCUUCAUCGAUUAUACUUGCAGGAUGGAACGGAGCUGUUGGAUGGUUUUUACUUGAUGGACUUUGAUGUGGAACAUGGUACGGUAUUGAGGACCGCUGCCUUUCGAAUUACGAUUGUAGAGGAUAAUGGAGAAACCUACUCUUGCGAGGUGGAAGUUCCGGAAGGUGCUACCGUGGGAGACGUCAAGUUUGCCUAUUUGGGACUCACGGGGGUUCCGAUUGCCCAUCAGAAUUUAUAUUUCGACAAGACGGGUCCAUUGGAUUCUUCCAAAAAGUUGGUAGAGUACCAAAUUUCCAGUGGGGCAGUAUUGUCGUUACUCCCGUCGCCGCCAUUUGUAAUAAAAGUGGUAUCCGAAGAAGGCGACACUGCGAAAUUAGUUGUCGAUCAAACAGAUCUGCUAGAAGACUUGAUGGAGCAAGUGGCCAACGAGUUGGGUAUUCCUGCUACGAAACAGGUUCUACGGUUCCGAAAGCGACGGCUAAAGGGGGGACUAUCUUUGGCGGAAUAUGGGCUCAAGGAUGGAUCUACCAUUGAAGCAUUUAGGGUGAAGAUUUUGUCGUGA